UCCAAUCAGGAAGUGAAAAGGGUAGUUUUACCUGUCGUAUAGGUGGUUGUGUUUUGUGUAUAUUCAGGAUGUCCGUUUCCGUCUCUGAGGAACCUCCCAAACCGCUCACUGGACUGGCAUGGGCUUCAAGUCAGCCGACCUGUCCGAAAGGGUAUACCAUGAUUGUAGCUACUAUAGAGGGAGCAUCUGCUAAUUUUGUUAAAGGAUUUAACCAGAAAUCUGCCGUUUAUCUGUGCUACAGCUCAACACAAGAGAGCCCUCUGGAGCAAGUGGUCACCGACAUUCAAAUGGUUACUGACAAAACACCUCUACCUGUGGGAUUCGCUUAUAUUUCAGAAUUCAUAGACCCGAAGGUUACAAUAUCUAAGAAGAAAAGACUGUGCGCUAAACUUUUACCGUUAAACAACACUGAACAGACUGUGUGCGAAAUCAAAAUAACAAUGAAAAACAAACAACUUGGACCUCCUUAUCAGCGAUUUGGUGAGAUCAGCGGCCUGGCAUUGUGGUGCAAGAAAGUCAACACUAUUCUCCUACGUCCUACUCCAAAACCAAGAAGUGUUAACGCUGGUAUUAGAGGACUUUCUUUAGACGGGGCCAGCUUGGCUCAGUCCAUGAGUUCUGCUACCACCCCAAAUCCACCAGCAGAGAAAUUGUCUCCAAAAACUAUAGGAAAAUCAUCCCUUGUUGAGAACAGCAUAUACGACUCUUCCAAUUUCUAUGGGAUAUCUGCUAUCGACGGGAUUCCAUUUACCAUCCACCCAAUGUUUGAAAACAGGUCUCCAAACACUGGUGUUGUCUCCUCAAGCUUUAACAAUUUUCGCGUCAAAACUCUGUCUGACAUUGAAAAUGAAUACAACUAUGGAUUUGUGGUUGAACGCAGUGCUGCGGCCAGAAUGCCACCAGAAGUGUGUUAGAUUUCCUAAUGACUUGACCGUUAGAGAACUGUUGGAAAAAGGGAAUUUUUGGAUACCGAGAAAAAGAUCUACACAUUUUCUGCACUUAAGUGAUAGGUUAUUGUAUUGUUUGUGUCAGAAGCGUUAUAUUUUUAUGGGAAAGUGAUUUAGCAACAUCAACAUACAUUUUAGUAGCUUUCUAAAGAAUCCAAAUGCAAUUGCUCAGUCCUAUGUAGCAGGAAAAAAAUUAAAGGGACAGUAAAGUCAAAAUGUUAACUUUCUUUCAUAAGGUGGUAAGAGUCCAUAAGCCCAUUACUCAUUGGAAUUCAACUCCUGGCCACUAGGAGGAGGCAAAGCUAUCCAACAUUCCUCAGGAUUUUAAUCCAUCUCACCUCUAUGAUAUCCCUGUCUCUUGUUAUUCAAGUGAGUCAAUGUAUCUUACCAAUAUUGGAAGUCACUUGAUUUUGACUUGAACUGAGUGCUGUACUCUUCUGUAGUUAAUUUUGUUAGGCGGAUUCAGUUUACUAUUGUGCCAUCUGGGAAAAGGGUUUCUUAUUCAGUGGGUUCUACACCAGUUUGUGUAUUCAUGACUCAGUUUUAUCCUCUCUAUUCCAGAUCCUUUCCCAGAACCAGGGAUAUUUUAAAGGGACAGUCUACUCCAGAAGUUUUAUUGUUUAGAAAGAUAGAUAAUAUCUUUAUUACACAUUCCCCAGUUUUGCAUAACUAACAUAGUUAUAAUAAUAGACAAUUUACUCUGUGAUUACCUUGUAUCUAAGCCUCUGCAGACUGUCACCUUAUCUCAGUUCUUUUGACAGACUUGCAUUUUAGCCAAUCAGUGAUGACUCCUAGGUAGCUCCACGUGCGUGAGCACAAUGUUAUCUAUAUGACACACAUAACCUAGCACUGUCUAUCUGUGAAAAACUGUCAAAUGCACUGAGAUAAGAGGUGGCCUUCAAGGGUUUAGAAAUUUGCAUAUGAGCCUACCUAGGUUUAGCUUUCAACAAAUAAUACCAAGAGAACAAAGCAACUUUGAUGAUUUUCAGACUCCUAACCAAGCCCCAAAGUUUUAGAUGUAUUCUGAUGUCUACAGACUCCUGCUGCUCUUGUUUGUGUAAUGGGUCUUUUCAUAUGCGGGGGGGGGGGAAGUGUCUGCUCUUCCUGCUUUCCCCGCCCCUCUAACUGUGUGUCCCAGCCUAACCUCAUCAACGGUGCUAAAUUGGGAUCUUCUAAGUAAGUUUUAUUCUGGAUUUUUAGAUCAGUAUCUGUGCAUAGUCUUCUUUAUAGUAGUGUCUAUUACAUGCAGUUAUAUGAAAAUUGGUGUAUACCGUCCCUUUAAGUAGUCCUAAACUGAAUAGGUGACUGCCUUAAUUUGCCACCUAUUUACUCAUGGACUUCACAGCUUGGUUAUAAGAUCAUGUGAGUAUUAGCUCAUGGAUUCUCACCACCUUAUGAAAAAAAACAAAGUUAUGGUUACCUGAUAAAUUCAUUUAUAUGAUGGUGGUGAGAGUCCACAAGAUCUGCCCUCUUGUAUUUUUCCUAUAGUUGUCAGUUUUAGUUUGCUCCUUAUUUACCCAGCUUUGUCCUUUCCUACUUCUCUAUUCUUCUUCUUUUCUUGGCUAUACGUUAGACUGGGAUACCAGAGAGGUGAGAGCGAUUAAAAGCUCGUGGAAUGUUGAGUAUCUUUGCCGCCUCCUAGUGGCCAGGAGUUGAAUUCCAUGAGUAAUGUCUCGCAGACUCUCACCACCAUGAACAAAAUGAAUUUAUCGGGUAAGCAUACAUUUUGAUUUAAUGCUUGAUCGAGCAUGCAAUAUUAAACAACAUUUAAAUUUA